CUGUCCGCGCUGGCUAUAUUUCACCGAUUCAUUUUCUCAAUCCCUAGCACUGUCUUUUAAGAAUUAUCCAGGGCUUAGUAUGACAGUACAUAUUAACACCAGCAGUAGUCAUGGGAACAUUGCUGAUAUCUACAUCACGGAGAUGGCCAAUCCAAAAAUAAAUCGAUUCCAUAUAGGUAUACACUGACUAGCACGAUGCACUACAGCAAUCAUAGCCGAGGGAUGCUAAAGGGAGAUCUCAGUCUUUGAAGCCUGGAAGUAAAAUAAUAAAGAUGUAAAGGUGUGUGCGAACAGGUAAUUAUCAAAGCAGCUGUCUCCUUCAAUUAUGCUGUAUAUAUAUCAGUUCCCGCUCAUGGGAUUGCAGGAUUCAGUUUUCUUCAAGGACUAAAUAUCCAGACAUUAUCCUGUGUGCGUGUUUCUAUGUGUACAGUAAGUCAUAGAGAGCAGACAUCCUUCUGACCUUCAGCCAGCACUUAGCUGCUUAUCAUGGAUAAAACACGUGUAAAAGAGAUGCACAGUUUUUGGGAACGCAAGGAGUCAAGCCCCAGCAAGAAACCUAAACCGCCAAAGCCUCAGAAUGCCAUGACUAUUGCUGUGUCCUCUCGUGCCCUCUUCAAUAUGGAUCUGGAGCAGGAGAUCUAUGAACAGCAGGGAAUGGAAGCAUAUCUGAGUUACCAGUUUCAACAUGAGACUGAGCCUUUUACUCCUGGACCUGCUUUUUCCUUCAUUAAGGCAGUGGAAGCAGUGAAUGCUAAGCUGAGGGAAUUGUAUCCAGACAGUGAAGAGCUCUUUGACGUGGUUCUGAUGACCAGCAAUCAUGCUCAUGUGGGACUUAGACUCAUCAACUCAAUUAACCACCACCAGCUGUUUAUAGAGCGCUUUUGCAUGACUGGCGGCAAGAGUCCUAUUGGCUAUCUGAAAGCCUACCAUACCAACCUUUACCUGUCUGCAGAUUCUAUGAAAGUAAGAGAAGCCAUUGAACAAGGAAUUGCAGCAGCAACAGUGUUCUCCCCAGGAAAAAUAACAGAGGUUCCAGAGACUCAGCUGCGAGUGGCCUUUGAUGGAGAUGCUGUUCUCUUCUCAGAUGAAUCGGAGAGAAUCUACAAAGCUCAUGGAUUGGAUAAGUUCUUUGAGCACGAAAAGGCCCAUGAAAAUAAACCCCUUGAUCAUGGGCCACUGAAGGGAUUUUUGGAAUCCCUAGGGAAACUGCAACAGAAAUUUUAUGGCAAAGGUCAACGAAUGGACUGUCCAAUUCGUACCUACUUGGUCACUGCUAGAAGUGCAGCCAGUUCAGGCACCCGGGCCCUAAAGACACUACGUUCCUGGGGUCUGGAGAUAGAUGAGGCCCUCUUUCUUGCGGGGGCCCCCAAGGGCCCCAUGCUAGAAAAGAUUAAGCCUCAUAUCUUCUUUGAUGAUCAGAUGUUUCACGUAGAAGGAGCAGCAGAACUUGGAACUGUGGCAGCUCAUGUUCCUUAUGGAAUUGCCCAGAGGUUUCCAUCAGGGAAGGAUGUAAAAAAGGAUGUGUCUUUCAAGCAGCCAGAGUGAAUACUCAUCCAUUCUUGGUUAUAUCAAGACAUUUAAGUAGUUUUUACACACAAACCUUACAAAAAAUACUGGUGUGCAUCCUCAGACAAAACAAUCACACUGAUAUAUAAGAUAUGUACAAGUACAAGGUGUUUUUAAAUUAAGGCAACUCAAAGAAACACUGAAAAUGCUUGUAAAUGUUUGUUAAAAUGAACCACUUGUCACACUAUGGGGUGGUUUCCCGGACAGGUAUUAGACUAGUCCUAGACUAAAAUUAUUGUAAGAGUGUCAAAACUGAAAACAACUUGCACUGACAUAUUGUCGAAAUAAUAUCAGUGCCAUUUGUUUGCCUCAAAAUGCACACAAGUAAUGUUUUUAGUAAGGCAUGUUUGUUAAAACUAGUUAUAUUUCCUUAUUAAACUAAGACCUAGUCCUGGCUUAAACUAAUCUCUGUCCGGAAAAUCAUAUGUAUCCUAUAUGUUUUACAUAACGGCUAUUAUCUAUUUUAAUUUUAGAAAGAAAUGCUAUUUUUUGUCAUAGAAAAAGCUUUAUUUAUAUUUUAAGUAUUUGAGGCUUUUAAAUCACAGGUCACUAUUAGCUAUAACGUUUUAGCCAUACCAGUUCUGAUAGUUCACUGUAAAAGGGCUGUUUUACACAACAUUUUUACUUCAACAUGUAUUUGAUUUAAAAGGGGUUGUCUGCAUGUAUCUAUGUACUGUAUAUUGUAUGUAUGCUGUGUUGUAAUGUUUGUGUUAUGUGAAAGUUUGUUUAAUUGCUAAUGUAAUUGUUUCACUGUGUCCAGCGUGGAUUUGAAACAGUGUUGCACUCAGGGCAUAUGCUUUGCAUUUUUCCACCACACCGCUGUUACGAACAGUGAAAAGAGAAACUAUUUAUUGUCUAAAAUAAAAGAUGAAAAAUU